AUGCUUGGAAGUUUCCUAAAGGACCUCCACGUGAGCUUAAACGAAUGUUCGGCUCCCAAGUAUGCUGUAGUCACAGGCAACCAGGCCUGCGAUUUGGAUAGCAUUGCCUGCGCGGUCAGCUAUGCGUACAUCAGGUCAAAGGAGGACCCUGACUCAGGGACCGUCUACGUACCAUACUGCAACAUACCUGACCGUGACCUAGAUUUACGCACUGAGGUUUCGUAUUGGUUGGGCGCCUGUAAUAUUGACAAGACAGAUCUCUUUUAUUCCGGGAGUUUGGAUUGCUUGUUGAAGCCGACCACAACAAAGGAAAUAGGUGUAAUCUUGGUGGAUCAUGCACAACAAGAACCAAACAACGCAUUCAGCACCUGCUCCGUUCAAGAGAUAAUUGAUCACCACCCCUUGUUACCAGGUUACAAACAGCCAGACACUUGCGCUUACUUUCUUGUUGAGCAAGUUGGUUCCUGCGCGUCUCUAAUAGCGCUUGAACUGUUUAAACGAGUUCCCAGGGAGCUGAUACCACCGGAGCUUUGCCAAUUGUUAUAUGGUGCCAUUGUGAUAGACAAUGCCGGAUUGUCGGAUCUUGCAAAACAGCUGCAAAAGGCCACACCGAAAGACUUGGAAGCUGCGGAUAAGUUGGAAGGUUUUAUGAAAGCCGCUGCGGUAACUGGGGUCUCAACGAGAGAAGCUGUUUAUGAACAAAUCAAAGAGGCCAAGUUCUCUAUUAAGGGUCUUUCACUAUGGGACCUCUUGAGACGAGAUUUCAAGAGGGUAAAUGCUGAUUCCGAGCACCAGUUGGAGAUAGUUUGUUCUACCAUCACAGGAAUGGACUUUGUGGAACUAUUAGAACACCGGGAUUUUGGCCAAGUGACAAGACGCUUUUGCGAGGAGCACGGUGCACAGGUCUUGGUUUGCAUAACGGUCGGCAAUAUUUCUGUCACCUCUUCCGACACCUCAGUGGCCAGUGCUAUUCGCCUAGGACUGGUUGUUACUGCCCUCCAUGACCAUCGUAACCUGGCUGAGAAAUUGUGGCGUCACCUGAUGGCCUCAAAAGUCCUCUGCCUGGAACCACCCUCGAAGGAAUCGAAGCUCAACGGAGGGGCCGAAUCGGUCGUUUUCGCUGCAACCAUUACCAAUAAAGCCGUGACGCGGAAACAGGCCAUUCCCAUACUGAUCGAGUUCUUACGCUCCGAAAGGUGA